AUGACGCCCAUGGACGCCGUCAUUAUAACACCGGAUGACAUAGCUGAGGCUGUCCGUAGGGACCCGAACUGGAAAAGUCCGGGACUCGACGGGCUGCAUCACUACUGGCUGAAGGGGUUCGUGCUUAAAGACCGCGUGCAGUACAACCGCGUACCUGCGCUCAUUGAAGGAAACCUGGUGCAGACAUUCAUCGACGGCAUCCGCGACCUUGAAGUCAGAGCUGCUGUGAGGCUGGGGCACCACGAAACGCUUAAGGACGCUUUGGUCCAUGCACUGGAGGUGGAAGCCGUGCGACAGGAUCAUCGUUCUCAUCGCGUCGGGGAGGUUGCAGCAGCUACAGUUCGCGACCACAAUAAAGGAUACAGCCCUAGGUGCUAUGGCUGUGGGGAAAGGGGCCAUCUUCGAUCCAGCUGCCCUAAGCGAACUGUAGAAAGGGAAGUUGAUCGAUCUCGAGAGGGUAGUGCAGCUAACGGCACCGCCUGGCGGUGGCAGGAUCGUCGUUCCCCUCGCGCUAGGAAGGUUGCAGCAGUUACGGUUCGCGACCACAAUAAAGGAUACAGCCCUAGGUGCUAUGGCUGUGGGGAAAGGGGCUAUCUUCGAUCCAGCUGCCCUAAGCGAACCCUAGAAAGGGAAGGUGAACGAUCUCAGAAGGGAAGUGCGGCUAACAUCACCGCCCAGCAGUAG